UUCAUUCGUUCUUCGUUCGUUGCUCGUGUAGUACUUGUGCGUGAGCGCGGUUUUGUUCAUAGAAAAAAAAAUUACACCGUCGCCAUUUUUAAUUUUCUUCAAUUGAAGAAAAAAUUGUGAAAUUUGGAAUUAUAUCUUGAAAUAAGACUGAAAGUUAAUUCUUCGUCAGAAGAUAUAUUACAAGCAUUUGCAUUUAGCUAAUCCUCUGAAAAUAAGACUAAUAAAGUGCUAGCUUUCACGCUUGUUCCAAAUUAGUUAAUAAUUAUUAUUUCAACUUUUCGGAAAUUCUAAAUUUUUAAAAUUUUGCAAAGACAAAUGUCUCCCAGCGUUAAACAGGUUAAUAGCAACACAAAUAAUAAAAUGGCAUUCCGUGGUAAUCAGAAUCGCAACCGCAAUUUUGGCGGCAACAACUAUGGUGGUGGCCCAAUGGGUGGUGCCAAUCGCAUGGGUAACAUGAACAUGUCGCCAUGGGACACACCAAAUGCCGGUGGUAACUUUGGCGGUGGUGGCAACAUGCGCCAAGGCGGCGGUGGCCAAGGCAUGAACGCUCAGGCUAUUAAUUUGGCCAACAAUUUGUUGAACAACUUGUUCAGAAACCAAAAUCCACCAUCACUGUUGGAUCUGCCACGCGGCGGUGGUGGCGGUAUGGGCAAUCGCAAUCAACGCGGCGGACCGAUGGUCAAUCGUGGUGCUCCUGGCAAUCGCAUUAAUAAUCGCCGUGCUCAAGGAGGUUUUCAAAACCGUGGCCCAGCUGGUGCUAAAUCAGCACAAAAGCAAGGCGCUGGCGGCAUUCGCAAGCAGAAUGCUUUCGAUCGUGCCAAGAAACUUUUGGCUAAAAAUGCCAACAAUAACAAAAAGAAGGAUUCCGCUUCUGGCGAUAAGAAAACUGAGAGCAAGGAGUCACCCUAUGCCAGCGUACCCAACGACAUGUUCUACUGUCAUUUGUGUAAGAAGCAUAUGUGGGAUGCCAACUCGUUCGAGAAUCACAUUAAGGGUCGCACACAUUUAAUGAUGCGCGAGGGCAUUGAGGAGAGCUAUCGCCUAAAGGCCAAUAUGAUACGCCAAGAGGCCAAGAUCGCUGAGCAAUUGAAAUCGAUUGAAUUGGAUCGUUUGAAGCGCAUGGGCAAGACCAAGCAACGCCAAUUGGAAUACUGUACUAUGUGCGAUCUGAACUUCCAUGGUCAUAUUUCGGCGCAUCGUAAAUCGGAGGGUCAUUUGAGUUUGAAGAAAUUCUUGCAUCCAAAAUGUAUUGAAUGCAAUAAGGAAUUCGCUACACGCAUCGAUUACGACACACAUUUGUUGUCGGCUGAUCACUUGCAAAAGGCCGCCGAGAAGAAUACCAAGGUUGGUGAACGUAAACGCAAUACAUUGACGAUUCAUACCGAAGAGGAGGAGUCGAAGGACUUGCGUCCACCACAAAAGAAGAGGAAGAAGCCCGUCACCAAGAAGCCAGAGGGUGAAGGUGAAAUUAAGAAGGAGGGUGAAGAGGCUGCUGAAGGCGAAGAGGCCGAAGGUGAAGAGGCUGAGAAGAAAGAGGGUGAAGAGGGCGCCGAUGAAACCAAAGAGGGCGAGGACUUGAAUGAAACACAAGAAGAGGAGGAAGUUGCUUUGCCCGUCGAUCCUGAGGAUUGCAUUUUGGACUUCUCCGAUGGUGAUGAGAUACCAACUGAAGUCGACACACGUCUGCCCAAAUACAAUUGGACACGUCCAGUUGGUUCCGGUCUCAUUACGAAAUUGGAGUGCUUCGAGUGCUCGCUAUGCGGUAAAUUCUUCGAUACAGAGAAGACCGUUGAGGUGCAUUCUCGCACUGUAACUCACCACCGCAACUUCUUGAAGUUCAUCAAUGAGAAGGCGAGCGAUACCAAGAUUGCACAAAAACGCGCCGCCGCCGCCCUUGAGGAGAAUGAGCGCAAGAAGCGCAAGCUGGAGGAAGCUGAAGCAGCUUCCACUGAGGUUAAAGUGGAGAAUGGUGAAGACGGUGAGGGUGGUGAGGCCGCCGAGGGUGAGUUGUACGAUCCAUCCGAGGCCACCGGUGAUGAUGAAGAUGUUGAGAUGAAUGAAAAUGGUGAAGGCGGUGAAGGUGAGGAGGGCGAUGAAGAGUGUGCCGGUGACGAAGAAAUGGAGGCACAAGAACAAGAAGGCGAAGCCGAACCUGAGGUCGAACCCGAGCCUGAGCCAGAGCCCGAACCAGAGCCAGUCAAAGAACAACCGAAGCCCGAGCCCGUCAAGACACCAGUCAAACCUGCUCCAGUAACACCAGCACCAGUCACACCUGCAGCUGAAGCAUCGCCGGCCAAGAAAGCAACACCAGCUCGCGCUCCACCAAAAGCAACGCCGCGUGGUCGUGGACGUGGUCGCUACAAUCGCUACUAAGCAGAGAGUUUGAGUGUGAACAUAUUUAUGGACGGACGUGUUGUGCAUUCGUCAAUAUUAAGACACUUUUUAAACUUUAUCAACAACAACAACAACAACAAAAUAUAGCAUAACUUAUUACUAGAAAAAAAAAAUAAAGAAAUUAUUUCCAUUAUUUAAGUUUAGUUGUACUACUUUCCAACAAAUUAUACAUAAAAACAAACAAACUUUAUGUUUUGCAACUUGACAAGAUAUAAAUAAUAAACACAAAAAAUAUAAAUUCAAUUUUCAAUUCUACACUAACAAUUUAUUCUACCUUAAUUAAUUGCAAUCUUCAUUAGCUGUAAUCAUAUUCACUUAAAGAACUGUCGGAAAAUUAAUAUUUGAUUGAAAUAUUCGAGUAAAUAUUCUACUCUAGAAACAACAAAAACAAUGAAAAUUAUUUAAAUUGAUAAAUACAACAAAAGCCAGUAAAAGUUGUCGAAAAGAAGACAGACAAAGAGUGAGGAGCAGCGCACACAUGCAGGCUUCUUUGCAAAUGCGUGAAUGAGUGUAGGAAGCGAUUGUCAUGUGUGUGUGUGGUGAUGUGAUGAUGUACAUCACAAGCCGUAGUAGUGAGGUACACUGGAUUUGCUGUAUUAUUAUGCAUUAUAAAAUGUAAAAGCAUAUUUUAAGAGGUAAAUAAAAGAACCUUUAGAUGUAUAAUAUAUAAAAAAAGA